AUGGGUUUCCUCGGGGUCUAUUCGGCCGUGUAUGAUUACCAGCCUCAGGGAGAGGGCGAACUGGGAAUCCGAGAGGGUGAUAUGCUGUACGUCUUGGAGAAGAACAGCGAGGAUGAUUGGUGGAAAGCCAAGAAGAAGGCAGAACGGGAUGACGAGGAUGAACCGGAGGGUUUAAUCCCGAACAACUACGUCGAGGAGGCGCAACCCGUACACCAGGCCAAGGCUCUUUUUGACUACACACGGCAGACAGACGAGGAGGUUUCGUUUUCGGAAGACGCUGAGAUACUGGUGUACGACAUUUCAGAUCCGGAUUGGACUUUGGUCGGAGUCAACUCAGACUUUGGAUUUGCGCCGGCGAACUACAUUGAAAUUGUGGAAGAUGUUGCUCCAACCGCAGAUGCCGCCGUUGUGUCGCCUCCAGCUCCCGCCGCCGAACCUGCAGCACCAUUCCCCCCUGCAAGACCGACGCAAGCCGCUCCAGAAGAAUAUGAGGAGACCCCAUCUCCGUCUCCCAUAGACCCGAUGCAGAACCCCGCCGCGGCCGCAAUUGCGAAUAUCAUCCAUCAACAGCACGCGCAUCCCCGCGCGCCAUCCGAACCUACACGAGAGGAGCUGCCGCCACCGCAGCUCCCCUCUCGGCCUCCCCAUGACCAAAUAGACGACCGCGAAGAAUCCCCUCCACCUGCCCUUCCGCGUCGACCGCCAUCUGAACAGUUCACUCCGCCAAUGCCCCAAUAUGAUCCCGACCCGUCUCCACCUCCGCCUCGCCCCCGGCAGCCAGCUCCUGCCAUGGGAGGCCACAGUCGGCCUUAUGUGAAAGAAUCCCCUCCGUACAACCGAGCUGGCGAGAUGACGCCGCGGUCGCCUUCUGGCUACCACAUCUACAACAUUAAUGAGAUGGUCGAAGUGAUGGGAAAACGGAAGAAGAUGCCGACAACAUUGGGUAUUAACAUGGCCACUGGAAUUAUCUUCAUCUCUCCCGAAGGCGACGACCGUCAGCAGGAGUGGACUGCGGAGAAGCUCACCCAUUACUCAAUUGAAGGCAAGCAUGUUUUCGUUGACCUUGUUCGACCCAGCAAGAGCAUAGAUUUCCAUGCGGGAGCCAAGGACACCGCUCAAGAGAUUGUGGCUGCUCUUGGUGAGAUUGCUGGGGCCUACCGAGCCGAAGGGCUGCGGGAGGUUAUUGCAGCUGGCGAAGGUGGCGGUGGUCAGAAGAAGGGCCAGAUAUUAUAUGAUUUCAUGGCUCAGGGUGACGAUGAAGUGACAGUGGCGGUGGGUGACGAAGUUAUCAUUGUUGAUGAUACCAAGGCCGAGGAAUGGUGGAUGGUCCGGCGCUUGAAGAACGGCAAGGAGGGCGUCGUUCCUAGUAGCUACGUCGAGAUCACCGGAUUUGUGACCAGCCAACCCACUCCUGGUGUGGAUUCGGCCAUGUCGACUGUGGAGAAGAACCGUUUGGAGGAAGCUCGGCUUGCCAAAGCUGCAAUGGGCAAGUCCAGGACCGAUUCGAUGGAUUCUAGUGAGCGCCACAAACGUGAUAGCAAGCGCGACAGCAAGUCCAAGUCAAAGCCGGAUCCCAGUAAAGUGAGGAAGUGGACGGAUCGAACCAAGGCUUUUACGGUGGAGGCACAGUAUAUCGGAUUGCUGGACGGCAAGAUUCAACUUCACAAGGUCAACGGUAUUAAGAUCGCCGUUCCUGUCGCGAAGAUGUCCGUCGAAGAUCUGGAGUAUGUGGAGAGGGUUGCCGGGGUUUCUCUUGACGAAGACAAGCCGCUCUCGAACAUUCGAGCUCGUGGCGUAUCCGAGGCCAAGCGAGGUUCUGCAGGUGCUACGGUGCAGCGCCCCGAGUAUGAUUGGUUCGACUUUUUCUUGAAGGCUGGCGUGGGCCCACACCAAUGCGAGCGCUAUGCGCAGAACUUCCUCAAGGAUUCUAUGGAUGAGUCUGUCUUGCCUGAUAUUUCUCCUGAGACUCUCCGCACCUUAGGUUUGAAGGAGGGUGAUAUUUUACGAGUCAUGCGCCACCUGGACACUACGCUCGGCCGCACUGGUUCUAAAUCCAAGCUUCGCAACGUGAGUUUCGGCGGAGAGGAAGUCAUUGGCAAUGGCGAGGAAGGUGGGCUCUUUGCAGGGCCUGGUGGUAUGCUGCGUAACAACACCCGCAAAGGGAGACCAACCCCGGCUGUGCAAGCUGGUGAUGUCGUUGAUCCCAAGGCGUUUGAACAGGCAAAUGGGUCAAAGCCUCAACCCGAGGAGCGGGCGGCAACUCCUCCAGCUCCUUCUGUGCCGGAGAAGCCCGUUUCCCGCGGAUUUGAUGAUGAUGCAUGGGAGGUGAAGAAGCCCAAAGAGACCACAGCGUCGCCCCCACCCUCUGGCGCCGCUUCACCACCAGCGACUCGCGCAUCGAUUCCAAAGCAGCUCACAGGUGCCGUGGCGGACCUGUCCAUUCUCCAGGCCCCUCUGCAGCCAACUCCCGCGCAACCAACUUCUACCCCGUCGGUGUCAAGUAUACCUACUCUUCAACCACAGCAGACUGCUGUGCAGAGUCCACCAGUGCAGCAGCCCCAGCAGACAGGUGCCACGCCAAGCUUCUUUACCCAAAUCGCACAAAUUGGUCAGCAUCAGCAGCAACAGCAGCAGGCUCAAGGAUUCAGCCCCCAGCAGACUGGAUUCCAGGCACAGGCCAGACAGCGCCCUCAGCCUCCACAGAACAUGGCCCAGAACUCGCUUCUCCCACCUCCUCCGCAGCGUCCGUUAUCGGCUCCACAGAAUUUCUCGCAGCAGCAGAAUGCCUUUGGCCCUCCUCCACUGCAGCCUCAGCUGACGGCAGUUCCGCAGCCUGGCCCUGCUCCACCUGGCCAGAGUUUGACUGAGCUGAACCAGCAGCACCUACAGGCUCAGAUGCAGCCGCAAGCGACUGGGUUCAUGGGACCGAACCAGUACCAGAAUGGAGUAAUGAUGCCUCAGCCGACUGGAUUUACUCCCCAGUCACAAUUCGGCAUUCAGCAGCAGCAACAGCAGCAACAGCAGCAGCAGCAGCCUUUCCCCAACGGCCAGCCAGGCUUCCAGGGCAUGGCUCCCCAACCUACAGGCUUUGGUGGAUUCGCACCACCCCAGCAGCCGAUGCAGACUGGCAUCAACUCAGUGCUGCCCCCUGCAUUACAGCCCCAGCAGACUGGUGUCAACGGCUUCGUCACCAACUCAUACUCGGUCACUUCUCUACCCCCCGUGCCGCCAAUUCCCCAGCAGCCGACCGCCACUCCUCUGUCACCCCAGAAGACUGGCCCGCCUCCAUCCAUCAGAUUUGGCGUCAAGCCAAAUGCGCCGAAGAUUGCCCCACAGCCGACGGGAAUGCGGGCCAACUUGUCCCAAGCUACGCCCAACAACCCCUUCGGCUUUUAA